GCCCCACGCCGCCAGAUGACACGUUGCAGACUCCUCAUCGUGACACGUGUUAAACCCCUGCAAAAACCUAAUUCCGAGUCUUCAACCUCUGACGACCUCAGCAAUGUUCCACCCAUGGCGGUCUUCAGAUCCCUCAAUACCCUAAUCCGAAGCCCUAACUCCAAACGCCUACUUCUUACUGUCUCAGCUUCAGCAACCCCAUUCCCUCGUCUCUCCUCCAUUCUCUCUCCGCUCUCUCUCUCCUUCGCCUCUCGCUUCACUUAUUCUCACUCCAGGGUUCUCUCUCCUCUGUCCAUAUCUAUCCCUUUUCGUGGUCCUCUCUUCCUCUCUUCUCCACCAUGGAAGCUGUCCCAGUCCGCCACGCCUCUGCUCCUCCAAGGGGACGUCGUUUUACGAAACGUCGAGGCCUUGAAACUUCUUCGAAAUCGGAGCUUCCCGAUUAGGUUAGGAGGGUUCGGAUCCGUUUCGGCGGGUACGGGCUUGUUGGGUCGGCUUGACAAGAAGCAAUUGAUCAGCGGCGAUGUGGGUGUGGCCUAUGGCGAUUUCGUCAAAAGUUUCAUGAAUUUGCCGAACUUAAUUUCGUUUAGUCGAUUGGCCUCUGGUCCUUUGCUUGCAUGGAUGAUUUUAAAUGAAUGGUAUCUUUCUGCAUUUGUGGGGUUGGCUAUCUCUGGAGCAACUGAUUGGCUAGAUGGAUACAUGGCUAGGAAGAUGGGUAUUAAUUCUGUAAUUGGUUCAUACCUUGAUCCUUUAGCAGAUAAGGUUCUAAUUGGGUGUGUUGCAUUGGCGAUGGUAGAUAAGGAUCUUCUGCACCCUGGACUUGUUGGACUAGUGGUGCUGCGAGAUGUUGCCCUCAUUGGUGGUGCAGUUUAUAAAAGGGCUAGCAGCUUGGGCUGGGAGUGGAAAAGUUGGUUUGAUUUCUUCAACCUAGAUGGUACACAUCCCCAGAAGGUUGAGCCUCUCUUUAUUAGCAAGGUCAAUACGGUGCUCCAACUGGCUUUAGUCACUGCAGCCCUUCUUCAACCAGAAUUUGGAACCCAAGAAACAGAGUCAUACAUCACAUACUUGAGCUGGUUGGUGGCUUCCACAACAGUAGCUUCCACUGCAGCAUAUGGGGCACAACACAUGAGAAACAGGUCCAAGUUAAUCGCAGGAUCACGCUAGUCUGAACUUCACAAUACUAACCAUACUGUCAAGUCGGUAAACGUCCUUGAGCCUUGAGUUGGAGAUUGUAACUUGAUGAGGGUAAUUGAAAGUUUUUUGAGGAAAACAUGAUGAACCAGGCUUUGGUGUCUAACAUCAGACCGAGGGAACGCGGACUCCUUGUCAAAGCCGAAUAUUCCCAUGGUGUCCUGUAAAUGACCAGUGAACUCACAACCUCAGCAACAUCAACAUGAGAGCAAAUCAGCAUUCCAAUGGAGUAUGGGAUUGAUAAACAAUUGUUCUUGAAAACAUUCAAGGUUGUAAAGCAUAAAAUUGAAAAUGCAGAAGCUGCUCUGAUGUUACUGGUGUUGACCUACAUUGUUUAAUCCUUGGUUUUGAGAUUCAAAGCAAAUAAUUGAGUCCACUGCUUUGCCCUUCUUGAGUACAAAUUAACUUUGAAAUAUAUGCUUAUUACUUAUC